UUUCAAACGAUCACGAUCGACGGUGUGUGAGUGAACGCGGAUAAAAAUCUGUAGUCUUGACAAAAGCAGAUCAGUACUCGUGUCGCGAUCAGGAGGGGACGUAUUCGUGCCGGCGUUCUGCACGUGUUUGCUUCUAUCGUCGAGUCCGCUGUCGGAAUUCGAAACUCCAUCCACCGCUGACCAGAAGGGAGCAUCUGUGUUCAACGCACGUAGCACUCGCACCAUGUUGGCGUUCAUCGUGACCACAGGCAUUGUGGUGCUGCUCUCCGUCGCCAUUUGGUGGUUGGUGUCAAAUUUUGGAGGUGCCCUCUGGCAUGCGCGUAAAAUUCCCGGACCCCUGGCAUACCCGCUCGUGGGUAAUGGCCUGCUGUUUAUCAACAAAACUCCCGCCGAGUUCUUGCAGCUGCUCGGACGGUUGAUCGCGCAGCAUGGCAAGUGUGUGCGGUUGUGGCUCGGAACACAGCUUGUCGUGCUCAAUACUGAUUUCAAGGACAUCGAGGUAAUUUUAAGCAGCCCUAAGUACAUUGAUAAGUCUACCGAGUACAACUUUAUUCGUCCAUGGCUGGGCGAUGGACUACUGACAAGCACGGGUCGCAGGUGGCAAAUGCAUCGGAAAAUUAUCACUCCUUCGUUCCACUUCAAAAUACUGGAGCAGUUUGUGGAGAUAUUUGACCAGCAGGGGAGUACGUUUGUUGACAUACUACGCCUGUUUGCGAAAUCUGGAGAAACAUUCGAUGUAUUUCCGCUGGUUACGCUCUGUGCCCUUGACGUCAUAUGUGAAUCUGCCAUGGGCACAAAGGUGAACGCACAAAUGAACUCGGAAUCGGAAUACGUAAAAGCCGUGAAGGAAAUCACUAACCUAAUACAGGUUAGGUUUUACGAUUUUGUGAUACGGUACGAGUUCUUUUUCCGACUCUCCGCCAACCGACGAAAACAACUCAAGGUGCUUGAAGUUCUGCAUGGCUAUACCGAUAGCGUGAUCCGGGCAAGGCGUCAGGAGCUGAACAGUGCUCUAUUAGCGGACAAGGCCAACGAGCCAUCCGACCAUCACGCAGAUUCCGUGGGCCAAAAACAGCGCAUGGCCUUUCUGGACAUGCUGCUGCAAUCGACCGUCGAUGGACGGCCUCUGACCGAUCUGGAGAUCCGCGAGGAAGUGGACACGUUCAUGUUCGAAGGGCACGAUACGACGACGUCCGCGAUUAGCUUCAUGCUGCUGAGCUUGGCGCAGAAUCCCGACGUCCAACGAAAAGCCUUCGAGGAGGUGCGGAAUAUUGUCGGGGAAGAUAGCAAGCAGCCCGUCACCAUGGCGAUGUUGAACGAGAUGCGCUACUUGGAUCUUGUGAUAAAGGAAACGCUCCGUCUCUACCCUUCGGUGCCGUUGUUCGGCCGGAAAAUGCUACAGGACACGGAGAUAAAUGGCAAAAUAUUUCCAGCAAAUUCUAACAUUGUGAUGCUCCCGUUCUAUAUGGGGCGCAAUUCGGAAUACUUCCCCAACCCAGAGCGAUUCGAUCCGGAGCGAUUUAACGUAGAAACCUCGGCGGAAAAGACGAACCCGUACCAGUACAUCCCAUUCAGUGCUGGCCCGCGGAAUUGCAUCGGACAGAAGUUCGCAGUGGCGGAGCUGAAGAGUCUGGUGAGCAAAGUGCUUCGACAUUAUGAGUUGCUCGGUCCAGAGGUGCCUCAUCAGGAAUCAUUCAUGGCGGAGCUUAUCCUGCGGCCAGAGCAUGGCGUUCCCAUGCGAAUAAAGCCACGAGUGUUUGGGGUUUUAAUCUACUUGGUCGGUCUCGGUGUACUACAUCUGUACCAGCGGUUCGGUGAGAUGUUACGCCAUACCGACAAGCUUCCGGGUCCUCCCGCCUAUCCCAUCAUCGGAAACGGGCUGCUGUUUCUGAACAAAUCCCCAUCGGAAUUUCUUCGCAUCAUCGGUAUGUUGUUGCGGCAGUAUGGCGAUUGUUUACGUGUAUGGCUCGGUACUCAGCUAGUGAUCGUGGUGCAGGAUCCCAAGGACAUCGAGUUUGUGGAGAUAUUCGAUCGGCAGAGUAAUACUUUCAUCAAGGUGCUACAGCCGUUUGUCGAAUCCGGCAAGUCCUUCGAUAUUUUCCCUCAGGUGACAUUAUGCGCGUUAGACGUUAUAUGCGAAUCCGCGAUGGGAAUGAAAGUGAAUGCACAGCUAAACUCGACUUCUAGCUAUGUAUUGGCAGUGAAAGAUCGCAAACAGAAGAAAGUAAUAAAGGAACUGCACGAUUAUACGGACAGUGUGAUUAAGGGACGACGUCAGCAGCUAGAGCGAAAGACUCGAAAUGGUGAAGGCGAUGAGGCUAGUGAUCAAGAUCUCGGCAUUAAGAAGCGCAUGGCAUUCCUGGACAUGCUGCUUCAAUCCACCAUCGAUGGGAACCCGUUAACCGAUGUGGAGAUUCGCGAGGAAGUUGACACUUUUAUGUUCGAAGGACACGAUACGACGACGUCUGCCAUCAGUUUUCUUCUCCAAAGCAUGGCGAAACAUCCCGACGUUCAACAGAAAGUGUUUGACGAGGUUCGGAAUAUUGUUGGUGAUGAUCGUACUCGACCCGUAACCAUGUCGAUGCUGAACGAAAUGCACUAUUUAGAUUUAGUGAUAAAGGAAACGCUUCGACUCUAUCCUUCGGUUCCUAUGAUUGGACGCAAAAUGAUAGAGACUACCGAAAUAAACGGGAAGGUGUUUCCAGCCGGGGCAAACCUCAUCAUAAUGCCGUUUUUCCUUGGGCGCAAUGCGAAGUACUUCCCUGAACCGGAGCGAUUCGAUCCAGAGCGGUUUAAUGUGGAACGGUCGGCGGAAAAGUCGAACCCGUAUCAGUACAUACCGUUCAGUGCUGGCCCCCGAAACUGCAUCGGACAAAAAUUCGCGGUGGCGGAACUGAAGAGUUUAGUGAGCAAAGUGCUUCGUCAUUAUGAGAUCAUAGCACCAGAUGAGAAGCAGAACGAAUCGUUCAUUGCGGAACUAAUCCUGCGGCCAGAACAUGGAAUAUUUUUUCAAAAAAUGUUUCUCGUAGCGUUGACAUUCGUUUCUCUGGUGGUGGCUCUUGCUUACUAUGUUUACGUUCAAAACUUCCGAAACAUGCUCAAGCACACUCGAAACCUCGGAGGUCCACAGGCUUACCCACUGAUAGGUAACGGAUUGCUGUUUGCUGGUAAAACACCUGCUGCAUUCUUGCAAACAGUAGGACGCGUGAUUCGCGAAAAUGGCAAGUGCUUUCGUUUGUGGCUUGGAACGCAGUUACUCAUCAUUAUAACCGAUCCAAAGGAUGUCGAGGUGAUACUAAGUAGCAACAAGUACAUCGAUAAGUCCGCUGAGUACGAUUUCGUUCGACCGUGGCUGGCUGAUGGGCUUCUGACGAGCAGCGGUCGCAAAUGGCACACACAUCGCAAAAUGAUCACUCCAACGUUUCACUUCAAAAUUCUGGAGCAUUUUGUUGAGAUAUUCGACCAGCAGAGCAACACCUUCGUGCAGGUUCUGAAGAAACAUGCAGAGUCGGGGCAAACGUUUGACAUUUUUCUGCCAGUUACAUUGUGCGCGUUGGAUGUUAUCAGUGAAACCGCCAUGGGUACGAAGGUUAAUGCUCAGUUGAACACCAACUCGAAGUAUGUGCAAGCGGUUAAGGACAUAACGAAUUUGAUUCAGAUUCGUUUGUUCAACUUUCUGAUUCGGUACGAAUUCUUCUAUCGGUUCUCCUCGAAUCGACGCAUGCAACAGCAAGCACUAAAAGUUCUGCACGGAUAUACGGAUAGUGUCAUCAAGAACCGACGGGAAGAGCUUAAUCGAAAUGCCGCGAGCGAAAAAGCUGCGGUCGAUAUUAAUGAGAAUGAUAUUGGAAUAAAGAAACGCAUGGCGUUUCUGGACAUGCUUCUACAGUCAACCGUCGAUGGUCAGCCUCUAACGGAUUUGGAGAUCCGCGAGGAAGUGGACACGUUCAUGUUCGAAGGGCACGAUACGACGACGUCUGCGAUCAGUUUUUUGUUGCAAAAUCUUGCGAAACAUCCCGAAAUCCAGCAGAAAGCAUUCGAAGAAGUUCGAAACAUCAUCGGUGACGAUCGUACUCGCCCCGUAACAUUGACGAUGUUGAACGAGAUGCACUAUAUGGAUCUAGUGAUAAAGGAAACACUCCGACUUUACCCUUCAGUGCCAAUGUUUGGCCGGAAAAUGCUGGAAAAUACGGAAAUAAAUGGCAAAAUAUUCCCCGCCGGCGCCAACGCUAUCAUUCUGCCGUUUUUCCUCGGUCGCGAUCCUGUGAUUUAUCCCGACCCAGAGCGAUUCGAUCCUGAGCGGUUUAAUGUGGAAACAUCAGCCGAAAAGACAAACCCCUACCAAUAUGUUCCAUUUAGUGCUGGUCCUCGGAAUUGCAUCGGACAGAAGUUCGCCGUCGCCGAGAUUAAGAGUCUGGUGAGCAAGGUACUACGGCAUUACGAAAUUCUCCCACCCAUCGGUUCGUACGACGAUAGCUUAAUUGCGGAGCUUAUCCUACGUCCCGAGAAGGGACUAUUCGUGCGGUUGCAACCAAGAGUUUAUUAG